GGAAAAAUUGUAUGUCGCUAUGUUCAGUCAAGUCAGGUCUCGAAAUAAAUAAAAUUGGUCAUGGCUGAAAACGAGGGACGUAAACAUCGGGAUGUAAAUUUCCAUGAGGGAGAAGGCAAUGAGGUGGUGGGCAGGCUGAGCUUGCAACUCUCAUGUGCGAGCAAGUCCUUAACAGAAAAACCGGCACCGGCGCCGCGCUCGGGCCCCCACGGCGUCCAGAUCGUCAACACAGGCCCCGACCACUCGUUCAUACUCGACGAAGAUGCUCUCGAAGAACUGCUGCUGCGGGAGGACAUCAAAGAUAGAUCCGCUGUGGUAAUCUCAGUCGCCGGUGCCUUUAGAAAGGGCAAGUCAUUCCUGCUGGACUUUUUCCUACGGUAUAUGCAACACAAAUAUGGUGCGGGUGGCGGCGGUGGCGAGUGGCUUGGCAGCGAGGAUGACCCGCUGGUCGGUUUCAGCUGGCGAGGUGGUUCCGAGCGAGACACUACCGGCAUUCUCAUGUGGUCGGAGAUAUUCAAAGCCACCCUCGAAGAUGGGGAAAAGGUAGCAAUCAUCCUGCUGGACACACAAGGCGCGUUCGACAGCGAGUCUACGGUGCGCGACUGUGCUACUGUUUUCGCGCUGUCUACCAUGUUGUCGUCCGUGCAAAUAUACAAUCUCUCACAAAACAUACAGGAGGACGACCUGCAACAUUUACAGUUGUUCACGGAAUACGGCCGCUUGGCGCUAGAAGACGGCGGGCGAACGCCUUUCCAGAGGCUACAGUUUGUGGUCAGGGACUGGAGCUUCCCGUACGAGGCGCCCUACGGUGUGCAGGGCGGCCAGACUAUCUUACAGAGGCGACUUAAAGUAUCGGAAAAACAACACCCAGAGUUGCAGUCGUUGCGUAAACAUAUCACAUCAUGCUUCGCGGAAAUAGCAUGCUUCCUCAUGCCACAUCCUGGCCUGAAAGUUGCUACAAGCCCUGACUUCGACGGUCGACUUCAUGAUAUCGAGCCAGAGUUCAAGCGUUCUCUACAACAGCUAGUUCCUAUGCUAUUGGCCCCUAGUAACUUAGUACCUAAGCAGAUAAACGGACAACGUGUGCGUUCGAAAGAACUACUACACUACUUCAAGAGUUACAUGAACAUAUACCGCGGGAACGAAUUGCCGGAACCUAAAAGCAUGUUGGUGGCGACGGCGGAGGCCAACAACCUGACGGCGGUGGCGGAGGCGCGCGAGGUGUACACCACGCUCAUGGAGGAGAUCUGCGGCGGCGCGCGGCCCUACCUGCAGGCGCAGCUGCUGGAGGCCGAGCACGCGCGCAUCCGCGACAAGGCGCUGCACGCCUUCCGCGCCAAGCGCAAGAUGGGCGGCGACGACUUCAGCCGCGCCUACUGCGACCAGCUCACGCAGGAUCUAGAAGACCAGUUCCUACAGUUCCGAGCGCACAACGAGAGCAAGAACAUAUUCAAAGCUGCGCGCACACCGUCCGUGCUUUUCGCCAUCGCGCUGGUGUUCUACGUGUUGAGCGGCAUCCUGGGCCUCGUGGGGCUGUACCCGCUCGCGAACCUCUGCAACCUCACCAUGGGCGUGGCGCUGUUAACGCUGGCUCUGUGGGCCUACAUCAGAUACAGCGGCGAAAUGAGAGAACUGGGCGUUACCAUAGACGAGUCGGCGAGCUGGCUGUGGGAUAAUGUAAUGAAACCCGUAUACCAGGCCGGGAUAGAGAAGGGCAUGGAACACGCUGCCGCCGCGGCGGCCGAACGGGCCAUGGGACCGUCCGCGCCGAAUGCCAAUGGCAAGCACAAGCAUUUGUGAUGCCGCCCCCACUCCCCGCGCGGUGGCACAACGUCGCACCGCGUGGACUCACCGUCCUACCACGUGGGCGCAAUAUCUUACCAAGAGGGCACAUCGUCUUACCAUAUGGGCACACUGACAUACCAUGCGGGCACACCGUGGGCCUACAGCGUGGACCCAAUGUCUUACCACGUGGGCACAUCGUCGUACCUAGCGGGCAUAAAUCCGCGGCAUCGUGGCACAACAGCGGAUCAUGCCAACGUAAUAUCAAGCUGCUGUGGCUUUUUGCAGUGCAUCGGUAUAUAUGUUAGGUAUAUCACAACAUUGUCACAAAAUGCCAUCUCCCAGUGGCAUUAUGGCACAAAUAUGCAUGGUAUGUCAUCAUGCCGCUCCAGCAUACGUGUGAAUAGUUCUAGCUGUGAAAUAUUUAAGACCUACCAUGCCACAACCACAUCCCAAUGUGAUCCAACUACAUCUCACAGUGGCAUCUCUAAUUGCCAAUAUGAAAAAAAUGUGUGCCACUGUGGUACCAUGAUGUGCCAAUGCGACAUAGUCCCACUAAAGUGUUGCGAAGUGAAGCGUUCGUGUGACUCGGCAAAUGUCAGUGAAGUGUGUCAUAGCAGCAUAAAGAAACUGUGUAGUUCACCCUUGCCAGCUAUUAAGAAAACAUGUUAUAGGAAAAUAAAUAGAAUUAACUUUAAAAAAAUUAGUUAUCUAUGUUCAGGUAAUACUGAACAUCAGUUAGUAGAGACAGCAUAUUAUAACAAAAUGUGCCAGAGGUUAUUUAAUAUGAUUUUGGUGAUUUUUAUAAUGUAUAUUUUCCUUAGAAAACUACAGAAAUUGCCUUAUUUAGAAAUUGUUUUUGAGUAUAUGUUUUAUGUUUGCAUAAGCUUCAAAUUAUUAAACUAUAAUUUAAACUUCGAAAUGGUGAAAAACGUAGUGCGUCAGUUGGAGAAUAUUUUUAAAACUAGUCAAAUUAAUUGCUAUUGCAUAAAACGUCAUGCUUCAAUCAUUGAUAAAGGUCUUUUAAGAAUGAUCGCUAGGACAACAUUGAAAGAUUUCAAUGAAUCUGAAGUUCUAGUAAAUAUUUGUGUUAAAACCAAUUUUUAUUUAUAACAUAUUCGAAUCACUCAAUCAAACAUUACACAAAUAUUACAAUAAUAUAAAAGAGACUGAACGGACUAUGAUAUUAUUAUUUCAAAACAUUAAAUGGAUUAUCUGUUAAAAGCUUGAUAAGAGUAAUGAACGCUGUGUAAAUUAAUCUCUACUUAAAAAAAUACUUGUAAUUGUCCGAAUGAACACCUUGCCAACUCAUCAGCAUUAUUUAACAACUGAAAUGUCUGAUACCUGCACAUACACUGACCAAAAAUAAUAAAAUUCUGGUAAGCGUGAUUAUCAAUGGUCAAAUAUUGUUAAAAAGUGGCAAUGCAAGUAUUUUUUUUGUUGUAGCAUUAUCUACAACAAAAAAAAUAACUUAAAUAUACAGACUACAUAAAUUUAAAUAUACAGUGCGUUGCGAGUACAGUGCAGGAGUUGAGUGCCAAACUUAGAAAUGCACAGACCUUUAUAGUGGUGUAACCCAACUUACAUCUUUUUACAAGGGGUAAAAAUUGUCACAGUUUUUAGUUUAAUUGUGGUUAACAAGGUUGUUGUUUCGAUAUAAAUUGUCAAGUUUGGAUUUUUUCAGACAAGAAGUUCUGUGUCAGUCUUUCGUAGUUAGGAUAUUGAUGUUUUCCAAACCUUGUACCUCAUAAAGCAUGUUAACACUAAUAAAUUGUCAUAAUUAUAGAAAAAUACAUAUAUAUUCCACCAUCCUGCAUGGGAUCUGUGUGGUGGUAUAAUUUAUGGCACUCAACUCUAACGCUCACUAUAUAUUACUCAUGUAUGAUGCUCAUAUAAACAUUUAAUUAUGUAUCUACUCGGCUUCUAAUUAUAAUUUCUAUUAAGAGAAAGCUCAAACAUGGCAAUAAAUGUUAUAAAAACUGUAUUCAAUAAUAUGGCUGUAAGAAUAUGCUUAAGCGAUGAGUCGUAUAGGUCUUGCGUGAAAACAUUUAAGAAUAAAAAUAGAAAAUCCAUUUUUAAUAUAAUAAAAUCACUUAUUAUGAUCUUAAAAAGAAUACUUUACAAAAACUAUGGUAAUUUUUUUGUAUAUAUUAGUAACUGUAUGUUACUUACUUUUUCUUGUGUUUACUUGACUCCAUGAACUUUUAUGCAGUCUUUCAACACGUAUUUUAUAGAAAAUAGCCUAUGACGGUGUAUAUUCUCUUAUCUGACCGUGGAAGUCCUGUUGAAUCGGUUCAACUGUUCUCAAUACAAGAGUGGAUUGACAUCAUAAUCGCAACCAUAGGCUGUCCACUGCUUAGCAUAGAUAAUUAGUUGGGAUUUCCACUCGCUACAGUCUUGUGCCGCUUGUACAAGGACAAACAUACUAACCGAUAAAAUAAUUAGAAUAGUGUGUUUGGCUUAUGCUAUUGGUCAAAUCAUUUAAGUAUAAGCUAAUACUAUAUGUCAGGCAGCUUAUGGAAACCGACAUACACUCAUCAUAGACAUAUACUAAAUAAUUUCAUUUCUUUGUAUGUAUGUGUGUAUGUGUGGUUAGAUAAGCUGAGCAACUUUUAUGAAAAAUUUAAUGAAUAUCAGAAUAUUGCUUCAGAAAAUGUAUUCAUUCAAGACCUGUAGCCUUAGUAUAAAGUUGGUACGUUCCUAAUCCAAGGUCGCAAUCGACUAUUGAUGCUCUGAUAAGUAAAAGUAAAAUAGUACUUAAAUAUUAAAGUUAAAGCUCAAAUUCGUCUAUAAUUCAACAACAAGUGUGCUUGGCAAAAUAAAAAAUAGGUUUACUGAAUUAUAGACUCUGCAACAAGUAUUAUAAUGACUAUUUUGCUUUGAAUUUACAUGGAAAGUUUUGACAUUACGUGAAAACGACCUCACGAUUGGAAACUUGCAAAUCUUACACUAAGCGUACACUUAAAAAACAACAAAUCGUGGCGAAAAAAAAACAUAUCAUAUUAAGUAUCAACAUCAUGUGUAGAAAAAACAUUUUUUAAUACAUAUUGAAGUUUAAAUACAGAACUGGCAGGAUUCGAAUAAGCAUCUAUCGGGCUGAGAGCUUUGGUAAUUCAGCCACGGAGCGAUGUACCCCUGUCAGAAUGAUACAAACCAGUGACUGUAUUAUUCAUAUGUAUUCAAAAAAUAAUUAGAUAUAUCCUCCAGGUGAAGGUAUAAAACAUUUAAUAAAAAAAAAUGUGAUUGUGUAUUGUGUCAGAGUGGUGAAAGGACUUUUAAAGAACUUAAAUCUCAGACAGUCAAAUACUGAAUUGUUUUUAAAUGUUAAAGGGCACUUCCAAGUUUUAAGUGCAGUUUUAUAGCGAUGCAUAUUGCGGGAACACGUUCAAACAUUUCAUAUUUCUCUAUUUUAGACAGUUAUUAUAAAGUAAAUGCUAUCGUUUUUUACAUGGAAUAUUUUUAAAAGCUGCAUUAUAAGUCAGGACCUGCCAAAAUUUAAUUCUGAUUAAAAUUUUGUGUAAUGCAAAAUGAAAUGAAAGAAAAUGUCUCUAAACUUAUCUUAAUUAACAUGUCUAAAAGUAGUUCUGUGCUCUCACAAUGUUACCCGCAGGUAUACCACUAUUAUUAGACCUGUCAACUUAAUUCACUUCAGAAGUCUAUAAGAACUUCAAUAUAAUUGGCCACCAUUAUAAAAGGUACUCUGUGAUUGUCACCAAUGUACAUAGAAAACCGGAUAGUCGUAAACGAUGUUAAAUUUUAGUUGUAAUAUUUAACUUAUGACAGAAUUAAAAUUGAAGGUGCCCAUAAUGUUUAAAAAAAGUUACAGUUCGGAGUUGCGUCUUGUAAGCGAUUGACGAAUAGUUUUUAAUCAUUUUAAACUUAGACUAGUGGUUGGUUUUUAGAAAUUUUAUGGUUAAAGGAAUGUUGACGGAUACGGUGGAGGAAUGUUUUCUAUUUAGUGGUCACAAAUAGUAAUAACAGGACAUUGAGUUGUAUAUUGUUUCCUCUUUCUAGCUUCAUGCUUAUCCAAAGUACAAGGUCAACAAGUGGGCUACAAAAAAUUACUACUAUUGUUGCUAAUUAAAUAUCGUACACGAAUUUUUUUUAAUAAUAUGAUGGAAUUCUUUGAUAGAAAAUAACAGACAUACUAUCGUCCUUUGCUCGACCACGAACAUUUUGUUUAUUACAUUAUGUCUAGGACUCGCGUUGGGUCACAAUUUACAAUUUUCUCCUAUCAAUAAACUUUAUCUUCUCCCAUACUCUACUUUAUCUCUUACUUGGAUGAUGAUUUAAAGGCUUUGCGCGCCAAAUUCAUAAUCUUAUGUUAACAAAUAUCUCCUUAGAUUUCUAUCAAAGAUUUUAUACGGAUAACCGAGAUUCUAGAAGUUCUAUCUGUCUUUUCCAUAUAAAUGUAACUGGCCAGUGGCUUUUGUUUUUUUUUAAAUCACUCAAUGUUCCGUCGUUAAAACUUGUGACCAAAUAAAUUCUUGUACAGUCAUAGACAAAUUCUAUUUUUAAUUGUAGAAUAUUAUCUUAGGUUAAAUUAAUAUUGCUUGAUUAAUCUAACUGGAGCUUAUACGAAGUAUUAAGAUCAGAAUCUUAAGUACGACUUCGCUUAUCUCGACAACGUUGGUCGUUUUCGUUAGUUUCGUUUAUAUGUAAACUUGUGAGUAGUAAGACUUAAAAAACAUAUCUUGAAAAAUAACUAAACGUUCAAAAACGGCUUUGUUACAGCGUCGUUACUAUGCUCAACAGUUGCAACUUUGGAACACUUAUUUGUACAGAGUUGGAACGGUCAGCACGUAGCAACCCGCAUUCGUUAUAACGAUUAGGAUUUUGCAAGAUUUUAGCGGGGAGCUGACUAUCGAUUUAUGGAGUAUCUUAAGCGUUAAAACAAGAGCAAUAGCUCCAUUUCACUCUGACCUUAUCAAAACACACGAAAACGAACAUCGUUGUCGAGUUCGAACUCGUGCUCAGGGUACUGAAACGGUUCACAGCUGGCUGUUACGCUUGGAUGCCAUUGUUUCGCUUUAAAUAUAUUUACCACACGCGUAUGUGUGUGCAGAAAUAUAAUAUUACGACUUACAUCUAUGAUUUUGUCAUUAAAAAAUCAUACCUUGACGAUUUAACUAAAUAACAUCGAACAUAUUACUAUAUUGUAGUCUACGUUUAAUGUAAAUGAUUUUUAAGUAUUAUUCACACGUUACGUUUUAUCCGCGGCAUGUGGCUCAGUGUGAACCUUGAUGCGGGCUUAAAGCACAUCGUGUUAGGUAGUAUGGAAAUGAAUAGACAAGCAUUUACGUGUCUUUGCAGAGUAAUUCUUAUGUACUUGUGGGCCACAGUGUCAAAUUGAAGUCUGAAUAACAUUGUAUAGUUCGGGUAAGGUGACGAUAAAUCGGUAAACCGGCUGAUAUAAUACGUUCGAUGUGAUUAGUGCCUUAUUCUUGAUUAUAAUUUUUUAAACUUUUAGAUUAAUAAAGCAAUAACUUGUGUAUGUUGAAACACUUAGAUUAAAUCUUUGUGAAAAAAAAAUCAUGUCAAUAUAAAGAACAUCGACAAACAAACAUAAGAAUAACUACGUAUAGAAUGAAAUCUACUUUGUGCGUGCUCUGAACCUACAGUACCUAAGUGAAAAAGUCAGCUAAUAAAUACAUUAAAGUAACAUUAAGCUAUUAUGGCGAGAAAGUUUAAUUUCCGUAUUUCUAUUAUUAGUUAUUCUUAUGCAUUAAAACAAAAACUGUAAACUGUACAAUAUGUUAAAUAUCACUUAUAUAUCAGCACAAAGCUUUAUAUAUUUUGAGGAAGCUCACUUGUUAAGUUGCACGAUAACUGUUGGACGUACUUAAUACAAUAAUAGUCUAAGAGCCAGUGCAUAAUUUGAACAUAGUGAUCAUACAAGUUAAUUUAUAUAAAAAUCAGUUAAGUAUUUUAACUGCCUUUUAUACCUGUUACACUAUAGAUCUUGGGUUUGAUUUUGAUUACAGUUUGGCUUAAAAUUGACGCAUUUGGGAUUUUUCCAACCAAAAAAUACUCAGUAACUACUGGCCCAAGAGCAAUCCGAACAAUACUCUGAGUAUUAUGCUAUAUUACAUUCGGAGUGUUCUAAAAGAUCAUUUGUCAAUAAAUAUUUUUAAAUAUAAACAAGUAGUUAUGAAUUGUAAAAAACACUUAACAAAUCUUCCACUGGCUCACAGUCUGCAAUUGCUGCUAAGUAUAUAAAAAUAUUUUCUUGUACCUAGUAGCUUAUUUCUUCAUUUUCUAUAAAAGCUAGAUUGAAUUUUGUAAAUAUAUCUUCUGUUUUACAAACAUUAUAUUAUUGUCACUUUUUAUUAUGUACUAAUUAUGAAGGUAUUCCUGAAUGUGCCAAUCGAAAACUGUUUAAUUUUUCCAAAAUCAAAUGUCACGGUGGGAACAAAACGUUUUCAAUUAUAUUUGUUGUAAAGUUCAGAGUUUAAUUUCGUUGUUUUUUUACCUAAUCUCGGAAAUAAUACCCUACUUACAAAUCGCUUUUGACUGCCAUCAACAAAUAAAAUAAUCGACAUAGAUCAGCUUCAGUUCUUUAACUAGCCCUGCACGGGCUAGUAAAAGGCCUUUAAGUUACAGGUCCCGGAUUCAUUUUCUGACUCGCCUUUGUUUACCGUAAUGUUUGUAGUAAGGAAAAAAAAACAUCUCGGUUGUCGUAGCAAAAAAAAAAA